AGAGAGAACGAGGUGUGGGCCUAUAUAGGAAGUCAGUAAGACGAUGCGAAGCAUCGAAAGCCCUGUCAAGGGCAUGGAAGGGUUCCAAAAAUUGCCGACAACUACUAGGAUAUGCUCCGAACGGCCACGUAUACUGGACCGGGCACAAGGCGCCAUAUACCGUACACUCCCUCCUCCGCCCGCUUUGCAGCGAGAGGUAUCAGCGGAGGUGCGCGAUGCUGCAGCGAGCGAGCGCGUGGCGCCUCCGUCGUCUAGCCACUCUCACCGUAGUGAAAGAUUCAGACGACCUCACCGACGCCCCGCGUUCACUCGCUGUGGACACCACCCACCCAUCAAGCCUCGGCAACGACAGCAGUGGCGACCUAUCUACCAUUAACGCGUCGCGCGGUGAAGGCCCCCCUUUCGAGCAUAGCACAUACGCCCAACCAGUCAUUCGAAACGGAUGGUUCAGCGCAUCUGCCUUGAGGGGAUCCAUCCGACGUUAUCCAGGUAGUCAGUUGGACGUGUGUCCGAAGACGAGCAAAAGCAAAGCCAUUCAGCGUUCUGCGAAGGACGUGAACGGGUCUCAAAAAUUGCCGUCAGUGUCGACGGGGAACGGUGCACUCGCUGAACCAUGUAUCCGUUCACUGAGCAUCAUGGAGGCACAGCUACUAGGACAUGCUCAACACCGGUACACCAUACCCCGCCGACGCCACGAGUCGCACGGCGCCGCCAUCUGCAUUCGAGGGAAAGCAUAGACAGCAUCGGGCAACUGUGGCAGCGAGCGUCCACGCAGCACCUCCAUCGCCAAACAGCCUCACACAGAAGGCAGCAGGCGACUU